CCCUCCUCCGACCAUUCGGACUCGGACCUCGACUACGGACCUCACUCGCCUCAACACUGACUCACCACACCUUGCCCCUUUUCACCAUGUCUGCGCCCCGUCGCAAUGGACAAUUGUCGUCAUGCGAGCCUUGCCGUAAGUCCAAGCUCCGAUGCGAUCAUUCGGCUCCGGUCUGCAAUCGCUGUGUUCGUCGGGGUCGAUCGGACCUCUGUGUUUACCAUCCAGCCCCGCUGACCAGACCGCGCGAGGGCCCAAGAUUCAAGGCAACCAAGAAUGACUCGAAUGGAACGCUGAUGCCUGCGAAAACGUUGGCCUGGGAAAGUCUGAGUAUCUCACCAGCCUCAUCAUCCUCCAUCAGUGUGUUGGGGUCAGCUCAGUUUCCCAACCCGACCAAGUUACCCUUCUCCGGCACGGGAUUCUUGGGUCCCACCAACUGGUCAGGGGCCUUUGACGACAAUGCCGAACCCGACCCUGUGGAUCACUCGGCACCCAAGUCGACCCCAAUCGACCCUCAGCAGGUCGCACGGGGGGCUCAGGUUCUCUUUCUCUUGGAAAAUCUAUCGCUGUAUGUGGAGGUGAUGGAGAAGCGAUUCGCCAUCGCACCCGGAUGGGUCCUUGGGCCUCCUCUCAUGCGAGAAGUAUUCAAGGUCCUAGGUGACAUCUAUCGCAACGCAACUCAGAACGCAACAAACAAGUACGCCCACCUAAUGGAUCUCUCCCGGGAGUUCUUCCGGAAUACUCUGACCCCCAUCGAGACUCAUCCUUCGAUGCGUCUGUCGGAGUAUUUCGCAACGGUCACCCCGCGGUGGGAAGUGCUCAGCCUUCUUUUCGCCCUCACAGGGACAUCGACUUAUCAGGUGCCCCCGCACAGUCUGGGCCUAGAGGAGACAGAUGAUGUCACAAGCAAAGAAGGCUUGCGACAAAUAUGCAUCCAGGCGAGCGAAACCUGUCUGCAGUUCUGCAAUCAUCUCGGGACCCUCAGUGACCCCCUGGCAUGGGCACUGAUACAGCAUACAGUGUUUCUCUGCUGUAUGCAUGGAAGUAGUGACCAUAGACCAUGGCAGAUGCUGGGUGAAAUCACGACGACCGUCUUCGCUUUGGGGCUCCACCAACCCGGGACAGACACAAAGACUCCGUUCUUCCUAUCCGAGGUUCGAAAGCGGACCAUGGUUGGCGCUUAUGCCAUUGACAAGGAGCUCGCAACGUUUCUAGGCAGACCUCCACGGAUAUGCUGGCGGUAUUGCAACAUCCAGUACCCAUUAGAUAUGACCUACGACGAGAUCGUUGCGGAGCCUGAGGUUCGCGAAGCCGCUACCCAACGCUUAGAUUCGGCAGGAUGGAACAUUGAUGGCAGUCUUGACAAAGGAGUCAGGGUUCGCGCCAAUUUGAUCGCCAGCAUUGAUCAAGAAAACGUAUUGGAGGUGUCACUCAGUAAUCAGGUAGACGGUCUAGAGGAGAAGGUUCAGAAGACCCGCAGAAAGUCGGACGAACUGCGGCGGAGUCUGCCUUCAUACCUCCAGUGGACAGAGGAGAAUGACCACCCGGCUGUCGCAUCUCUGCACUUGGAAUUUCUCUAUCACGAGUUUCUGCUACUGCAAACCCUUUUCAAACGCACCGGCAAGGGCAAUGAUAGUUUGAUUGCCAAGGCGUCGGAGAUCGUUACCAUUCUAUUGCACAUGGUGUCUAUGGAGACGCGGGCAGGACGCAUACAUCCAUCGAUUGUCUGGGACCUAUGUUAUAACGGCCUCCCUGCCGCCGGCGUUCUCUGCACCGAGCUCCUCCGACGCUCCCAGCCUCAAUCCAACCUAUUCCAGACAUCUACCACGCCGUUUCCUCGAUCGGACAUCAUCCAAAAACUGAGUGUCUUUGUGGCGCAGCUCAAGACCUUUGUUCGGCAGGAAGAAGGGAACUACAAGAUCUGCCUUAAGGGACAGAAGGUGAUCUCACAGGCUUUGGAUCGGGUGCUGUCACCAGCUCCGGUCGUGGUGGACAGUAUGCCUGUGGGGAAUGCACUGGAAGAGGAUGUGGAUUUUAUGGCGUUUCUAGAGAACUUUGAUUGGGAGCAGGAGAUGAGAUUGACGUUUGGAUGUUAGCCUCCACACUUUCAAUGAAGAAGUCCAUAUCAAUAGAGCUGAAAGCCAAGAAUAGUGGAUAUAAU